AUGGCUUCGAAACGGAUCUUGAAAGAGCUCAAGGAUCUCCAGAAGGAUCCUCCUACCUCCUGCAGUGCUGGCCCGGUUGCUGAAGACAUGUUUCACUGGCAAGCUACAAUCAUGGGACCAUCGGAGAGUCCUUACUCAGGCGGAGUCUUUCUCGUUACCAUCCACUUCCCUCCGGAUUACCCUUUCAAGCCACCAAAGGUUGCGUUUAGGACCAAAGUGUUUCACCCUAACGUGAACAGCAAUGGCAGCAUCUGCCUUGACAUUCUCAAGGAACAAUGGAGCCCAGCACUCACCAUCUCCAUUGUCUAA